AUGAAGGGAAUUUAUCAGAUAAAUGUCCUGUUACCGGACGAGUUAAUUUUGAUAAUGUUCCUGCACCUGGAUUCGAGCCGGGACACCUGCUCUUUGGUGAGCAAGGGGUGGUUGAUGAAGCUCCGCCGCCAUACCAUCCAUGAUGGUGCCUCCGCCAGUCCCCACGUCUUAAUUGACCUACUCGCCCGCCGGUUUAUCAAUGUUCGGAACAUGUUCGUCGACGAGAGCCUCUCGGUUUCGCCCCCUCCCAAAUCUGCAAGGAACCAAAAUCAGACUCUAAAGCUGAGAUCUCAUAAACAUAACCAAAGAAAUACACAAAUCUCAUCGCCCUAA